AUGACAUUAGUUGCAACCACCGGAAUUGUGGUGGGCAAAGGGUUUCAAGCUAAUUUCAAGCUUUAUGAUGAUUCGGAGGUCGAUGCUGCUCACGGGACAUUGGAAUGCACUCUUGGGCUCGGGGUUUGGGUCUAUAGUGAUCACAGUCGCUACGGUUCGAUACUUAAUGGCGAUCAAAGUGUUCACAAUAAUGCAGUGGUAGUGCAUCAUGGUGAUACGUUAAAGGUCGGUCGGACCGAAGUCAAGUUGAGUUUGGAAAGGGGAACGUCGGAAGCAAUUCCAGAAAAGAAGGAAGCGAACAACAUAGUGUCAUCAGUUGGUGUUAAUCAGGAGACCGAGUUAAGUGCACGAAAUAUUGCACGAAUGGCUCGACGUAGAGCGUCAACAUCAUGGGAAUCGGCAGGUGCAGUGUCCAAAUUACAGCAAGCUAAGGAACGACUGCCUCGCAUUGAAACAUUGGGGCUUGACUUUGUUGCAGUUGAAACAUCCAUGGCGACGCCUCCGGAGUAUACGGUGUCGCCACUUCCUGAGACGCGGUGGCAGAUUCCUACUGCUAACGCAACCGCAGAGGCAGCAAGAAAUUUGCCGUCGACACUCUUAAAGCAGCACGGACACCCGCAAUCGUUUCAUCGACCUUGUGCGCGGUUUGUGGAAGGUUUUGACAUGCCGUUCACAUCAAUACAUCAGCAGCCAGAAGCUGAAAAUUCAAGUAAGAAGGACCUCCCACCGCCUUUGGAAUACUCGAGCUCUCCAGCGGUGUCUCCGUCGUCUUUAGCGGCACGGCAGCGCUACAAUCUCCUUCAGCAACCGCCAACUAGUGUACCUGUCUCUGUGUCUGCAUUGAUCGCUAAAGUGUCUCCCCCGCCAACAAGUACAGGUGGCUGGCCAAGCUCGCGGCGUGACGAUCUUCGCAUUCAAGUGUCCAAGAAGAUGGCUGCGGCAGCGCCAGUGGGUGCUGGUAAGGCUACUGUUCCCCGCGUAUUUCUGGGAGCACUGGAACCUCAGCCACCUGCGUCACCUGUGGCACAAAGAGACCUUUUCAAACAACAACUAUCACUGCAGACCAUUCUGCAGGCCAAAUUUGAAGAGGAAAAACUACUCAAACAGCAGCAGGAGGAGUGGAUGAGACAAAAGAUGAUGUCUGUCAUCUCCAACAACAACAACGAGAUGCUAGCUUCCACGCUGCAUCCUCCUGUCGAGAAUGAGAAAUCGUCGCUUGACACUGACCCGAAUGAGUUGGUACUGUUUCCCGCACCAACUCCAGUACCCUUACUUGGACUUAGGCAGCACCAGAUUUUGAAACCAACUUCACGAGUUUCAGCAGCCACGCCAACGUCCCAAGCACGUCUUAACAGCUUCGAAGAAAGAUUCAAUGAAACAAGAUGCAAUGCUAAGAAGGAACGUCAUAAGACUACAGCACUGGCAAGCGAAUUACACAAAUGGGAGGUCAUACACCGCAAUCCCGCCAAGGAAAUUGAGCUGCGCAGCUCAGAUGAAAGCGUCAUUUCCACAGCAACUACGAUGAUUACUUGUCACCGGCGUGUCAUGAGCUCGCUCUCAUCAAGUUGUACCAGCUCCGUUGAUCUUUUCGAUUUCCUCGGUUAUGAGGAAGAGGAGGAUACGGACGACAUGAUCACGUCGUAUACAACUCCAAAAUGGAUCAAUUGA